AUGGAGAAACUCGCUUUGGCUUUGAUCACGGCCUCUAGGAAAUUGAGACCCGACUUCCAAGCUCACACCGUUCAUGUACUGACAAAUUUUCCCCUGAGGCAGGUACUCCAAAAGCCUGACACCUCAGGAAGGUUAUUGAAAUGGGCGGUAGAACUCAGUGAAUUUGACCUUGUAUUCAAGACUAGGGCAGCCAUAAAAGGGCAAGCCUUAGCUAACUUUGUGGCUGAAUUCGCCAACCUACCCGAGGUGGACGAAAUCAUGGAACCUAUCGAACCCCCCACGUGGAAUCUUUUCAUUGAUGGGUCAGCUGGGGAUGUUGGCUCCGGUGCUGGGGUUGUUCUCAUUAGCCCUGAAGGUCACAAGCUCACCUCGGUGGUGAGGUUCAGAUUCAAAGCUACCAAUAACGCAGCAGAGUAUGAGGCACUUCUUGCAGGCCUCAGACUGGCCAUCGAAAUGCAAGUAAAGAGGCUGCUCAUCAGUAGUAACUCCCAACUGAUCCCUCACAUCGAAAAUGCACAUGUUGAUGCACUAUCAAAGCUAGCUAGCAGCAAGGACUCAGAGCUACUCACAGUAGUACCUAUUGAGCAUCUCCUCCUACUUUCAAUCGAGGCCCCAACAGUAACGUGGGUCGCUGGGACUCCCGCUUGGAUGCAACCAAUCGUAGCAUACCUCAAAGACCAGAGAAGCUUCUCCUCCCCACUCCUACAGUACGUCGGAGGAGAAGAGGCUACCUACAUAUUGAGGGAAGUCCACGAGGGCCGCUUCUCUCCGGUGCAGCGACAACCAUCGCAGGAGCUGACCACCGUCUCUAGCCCUUGGCCUUUCUCAAAAUGGGACAAUGACAGACAGUUUGACAACAAGAAGGUUAAAGAAUUAUGUGAAGAGCUCGGCAUAAAGAAACACUUCUCCACACCUCACCACCCACAAGCAAACGGCCAAGUCGAGGCCGUGAACAAGACGAUUAAGCACGUCUUGAAAAGGAACCUGGAUGUAUCAAAAGGGGCCUGGGUUGAUGAGCUGCCCCAAGUCCUUUGCGUGAUCCAAACCACCACAAGGACCCCAACAGGAGAAACACCCUUCCUCAUGGCAUUCGUAACUGAGGCUAUGAGCCCCGUGGAAGUCGGACUUCCAUCCCCAAGACGUCUACACUUCAGUGAGAUAACUAACGACGAGCUCCGGGGGCUCGACCUCGACUACAUUGAAGAAAGAAAAGAUGACUCCCAAGUGAAGCUCGGCACAUAUCAGAGAAAGAUGACAAGGUAUUUCAACUCGAAAGUCAAGAAGAGGUUAUUCCGAAUCAACGACAUUGUACUUAGGAGGGUCUUCGUUUCCUCAAAAUAA